CAGCCCCCCGCAUGACGUAACAGCCAGUCUGAGAGUGUAAUGGCGAUACUGGACAAUAACAGCCGUCGCUUUGGUGGGAGCACAUCUCUAUUAUGUGGCUAACGUUGAACCAAACACCUCCGACAAGAGAAGCACAGGUGAGAGCGGGAACACUGCGCGAGCGACGACCUGCGACCGGGAGAGGUGAUUCCACAGCCUGUGCACGCGAUGCCAGCCUAGAGUGAAGAAGCGCGGGUGUGACGUAUGAACAGACACCAUGGCCACCCAGGAGCCGUCCCCCCCCUCCUCCAUGGAGAGCAAUAAACCCGGCUUCCCCAAGAAGAUCCUGGGCAACAAGCUGGAGGACAAACACCUGUGCAACUGCUGCCACAACAUCCUGAGACGGCCGUUCCAAGCCCAGUGUGGACAUCGCUUCUGUUCCUACUGCUUCAACAGGACUGUGAGUAAUGGACCCCAGAAAUGCAGCGCCUGCAUUAAAGAGGAUAUUUUUGAGGAUCCUACAUCGAUUUUGAAACCAGGAUGUGCUUUUCCUGACAACGCAGUCCGAAGGGAAGUUGAAAACCUCUCGGCUGUCUGUAUCAAUGAAAACUGCACCUGGAAAGGCAGCAUUAAAGACUACGAGCUGAACCACGAGGGGAAGUGUGAGUUCAUGAUCAUCCCCUGCCCCUCCUGUAAAGAACGAAUCCGCUUCAAUGAGCUGGAGCGCCAUAAUGAGCGAGAGUGCCCGGAGAGAACACUCAACUGCAAGUACUGCAAGGAGCCAUUUCACUUCAAAAACAUCAAGGCUCAUGAUGAGAUCUGUCCCAAGUACCCGAUGAUCUGUGAGGGCUGUGCCAAGAAAAAAAUACCCAGAGAAAAGUAUGUGGAUCACAUCAAGUUCUGCAGCAAAUUCAGAACUCCGUGUCGAUUUCAUGUGGUGGGAUGUGACAUGUCUGUGGAAAAGGAAAAGAUUCAUGACCAUGAGCGCUCCUACGCCUACGAGCACCUCAACUUGUUGCUGCACUACAUCAUGGGCAUGAAGGUGAGCAUGGAGGGCCUGCAGCCCCAGGGACUGGAACUAGCCGGACACAAACUGGUGGAGCUCCAACAGGCCCUCAGGGAGCUCGAGGCCAGAGUCUCCCAGCUUAGCACCACCUCCUCUGGGCCUCCCGUGCAGGGAGCCGCCGCCGCCUCCUCCUCUUCCUCCUCAUCCUCCUGCUCCGGUCCCCCUGGUCCACCUGCUUCAGCUCCUCUCCCCCCGCUGCCCACUCUGGCUCCCACUCUGUCUGUGUCUACCUCCUUCACGCCUCUGCCCAGCUCGGUGGGCGCCGCGCUGGAGCUCCAGCUCCACAGCGAGAAGACCAAGGUGGUGGAGCUGGGUCGCAGGUGUACGGAGCUCGAAGUCAAAUCCGGCACGUUUGAAAAUGUGGUGUGUGUCCUGAACAGAGAGGUGGAGAGGUUCGCCACCACCAUGGAGGCCGGCAACCGUCAGCACAAACUGGACCAGGACAAGAUCGAGGCUCUGACCAACAAGGUGCGACAGCUGGAGAGGACGGUGGGGCUGAAGGACCUGACGGUGGCUGAGAUGGAGGGCCGGCUGAGGGAAAUGUCUGCCACAACCUUUGACGGCGUCUUCGUCUGGAGGAUCUCUGAUUUCGCCAAGAAGAGACAGGAUGCCAUCGCAGGUCGAGCCCCUGCCAUGUUUUCACCAGCCUUCUACACCAGUAAGUACGGCUAUAAGAUGUGUCUGCGGAUCUAUCUGAAUGGAGACGGGACGGGGCGCGGCAGCCACUUGUCCUUGUUCUUUGUGGUGAUGAGGGGACUGAGUGAUGCUCUGCUCAAAUGGCCUUUCAACCAGAAGGUGACUCUGAUGCUGCUGGACCAGAGCAACAGGGAGCACAUCAUCGACGCCUUUCGACCUGACGUCACUUCCUCGUCCUUCCAGCGACCGGUGAGCGAGAUGAACAUCGCCAGCGGCUGUCCGCUCUUCUGCCCGCUCUCCAAGCUCGAUGCCAAGAACUCGUACAUCCGCGACGAUACCAUCUUCAUCAAGGCGAUCGUGGACCUCACCGGCCUCUAGACGGCCUCCACAGGGUGGUACGGUUUGGCAACCAGGCAGCUCUUUGACCAUUAAGGCUUCAUUCUGGCUCAAUCGUGGUCCCUUUAGGGCUCUGUUCAGGCAUCUUACUGUCCCCUGCAGCUUUAGGGAGACAAACAUGCUUGCAACUGCAUGUGGCUGCAGUUUGCACCGUCCAGACGGCGCCGGCAUUGUCAUAUCCCGGUGGUCUCAGUGCGAGAACCGCCGUCAUUGCUGUACAUUUCGGGUGCAAAACCUUCUUUCUUUUGACGUCACAACACCGCUCCCCUUGGUGGGUAAAAUGUCACUUCAGUUGUGCAUAUAAGUUUUCAGUUAAAGGACACAGGAGCACCAGUGCAGCGUGGUCAGUGCAGUGUUGAGUAGAAGCAGAGAUGUCAAAGUGAACAGUUGUGAUGGGAGUGAAAGAGAGUGAAGAGCAUCUUCUUCUUUAAGGGAUGUUCCAGAACAGGGUGUUGUAGAUUACAGAUAGUUGAUGUGAUCACACUUAGAGUUAGAGCAUGGCUUGAUGCAGCUUUUUUUUUUCUUGCAGAUUGUGGAUAUUGUGAGCUUCUCAAUUCCAGUGUCGAGUGAAUUUGCAUAGACAAACGUGGAGUUAUGUUAUGAAUAAGAUUACAGGCAUUUUUUUGCCUUUUUUGUUUUGGCGCAAAGUGCAUGCCGCUGGCGUUUUGAAGUAUAAAACGGCUCCUUAGUUCGACUGAAAGGUUCCUUGUUUGCUGUUAAACUUGUUAGUGAAUUAGCCAUCCGUGAUGGUGGACAUUGCCUGCAUGUCUUUUUUGGAACCAGGCUAUUUACAUGUAAAGUUAGUGUUGCGUAUUUGUUCCUAAUAGGGGUUGGUGGUUCUGAUUGGUGGUUCGGUACAUCUGUGGAAGAUACAGUGGAGUUACCAAGGAGUCAGGGCAGCUUACCAGUCAAGCCUGAGGCAUAAAACUCUGACAAACAUUACAUUAGCUGGAGUGUUCCCCCCCAGGAUAUGCUCACUAGCUCACAUCUCAACACAUAGUACUGUGCCCCCACCACAGACUAAGGUCAACACAGAUUCCACGAAGUGAAGGAAUUGUUCGUUCCUUGUUUUCUGUCCAUACAAGUGCAUAUGUGUGUUUCUGCUGCUCUUAAGAUAGAAUACUGAUGUGAAUCUAAUAUAUAUGUUGGUGCAAGUAAUGUGUGUGGAGGCUGAGAGGCUGGAAAAUAAGAGGUUGUGAUACUUUGUUGACAUUCUUUAUGGCAGAUUGAUGUUCAGUGCAGCCUCAGAUAACUCUUUAAAUGUGGCACCGCAGAUAUCGACAUUAUAUCAUGUAGUUAUUGUUCACCACAGAUUGCUGUUCUACUUACUUAGCAUGCAUGCUGAGGUUUUUAAGGUUCCCGCUGGCCUGUUUUGAAAACCAGUCUCGACCUGUAUUGAAACCUCUCUGUGCAUGGGAGGCUUCAAUCCAUUAUCCACUAUGGAGUUUCACACCGGUUUCCCUCGUGAGCCACGUUGUGAAAGCAUUUAUUUGUAUUUGUUUGGAUGAAAAUAAUCCUAGAAUAGAUAUUAUGUUAUACCUGGCGCCGCGUCUGUUCAACAGAAGCGGCUGCCUAUAUUCAUAGCAAUUUAUAAAUAUGUAUCUUUCAUAUCAUAAUGUUGAAAUAAUCUAUAUAUCAAUGUUAAUAUACACAAGAUGUUAUAAUAAACAUAGUAUUGCUGAAUACCUUAUUAAUUCUAUAUCUAUAUACCAACCUUUUGUUUGUCAAGAUGGUUUGAACAGGCCAGGACGACCCCCUUUGUGCAGUAAGGACGUAUGGUUCCUUCUAGAGUGCAAUAUAUGAUUAUGUCUUUAAGGGUUUACAGAAGUCAUACGCGACUUAUUUGUUUACAUCACUCAUUGUGGCGCUGAAGAACUGCGACCAAUUUUGAACUUUUCAAGGAUGAAAUGAAGCUUUUCCUUGUCAUUAAGCAGACUCGACAUCACUAUCAUAGUCAGGAGCUGAGUGAGGUUUUAGAAAGACCAUUUUAAUGUUGAGGAAUUCAUGCUAUCAGUGGGGUUUCUAUGAAGACUGAGCACGUUAAGAAGUAGGAUGAACAUGAACUUUUUUAAGUGUUCUUGUAAAUGUGCCAAACUCAAAUAUUACCUCCGUAUACUAACAAUGUUGUGAAGUUAUAUUUUACGUUCUAUGCUAAAAUAUGGUGCCAAAUAUGUUUCUAUUUCAGUUUGUGCUGCGUGUGUGUGUUUUAAUAUGAUGCACGAAGAGGAGAUAAUUAAUACUGUCCCAUGAUGAAUACAAACCCUCCCAAGGUUGUUUUGAAUGUAAUAUAUAUAUUUUAUUUUUUUUCUAAAAACACAACAGCAGUUCUGUAAAUGUGAUGCAGUCGACUUGAACCAACUUUAUUUGUGCACUUUGUAUCGGUUGUUUGUCCAAACAGGGUAUUUCUUUGAGUGAUUUAUGUACCUUGAGAUCAGAGCCAUAUAUAUAUAUAUAUAUAUAUAUAUAUUCUGAUGUUGAUGAUAUACUGUAGAUGUAUUGCUAAAAAGGACAUGCAGUAUGUAAUAAAGUUUGCUGGUUUCAGCUUGUUGUGUAUU